ACCCCUGCCAUUCGCCGGCGUGCGCUUCGCUCGCAGCCCGACGAAAGCUACACCUUGGCCGUGUGCGGGUCAGCGCCGUGCCGAGGGGCGGUCUUUCUCUGGGGCUUCUGCGUUCUAGGGAUUACAAACCUCUGCGGGACUGAAAUUUAUUGUCUUGCCUCGGUUCCCACUGUUGCGCUUGUGUGUCUGUGCCGAAACACAAGGAUUGUCUCCCCGACUUACAAACCUGCAUCGUUCUUUUAACAAAACCAAGCUAAACGAACAAGAUGCUUCGUUGGAUGUUGCUGUUCGCGGUUGUGAGCCAAUCGGGAAAGCAGCACAGGCCCCCUCUUUUCUAGAUCAGCUGACUGGAACCCUUCGUCUUGAUUGGUCAAGACCCAGCACCCCGACCUGCUGAGACUCCUGGGGAAAAAUAGAAAGGCCGCUGAUUGGACACCGCUGCCUACCAUUCCAGCCGCGUGGGACAGGCAGGUCCGGCAUGGUGUUCUCCUAGAAUCGGGACCAUCGCUCCUGGAUAUGAGUGGUACCCCGGGGCCGCGGCCCCCCCUCGCGAUGCUGGCCCUUGUGGUGACCUCCUGCCUGCUGCACACCCCCGCUGCCCCCGCCGCCGUGCCCUUCCCCAAGGACCUGGAGCCUAUCAGCGUGGUCAGCAGGCAGCGCUCCUACCUCUACCCCACGUUCCAGGGCCUUGUGUCCGACAACGACACCCUGAGGCUGGGCCUGGAUUUCCAGCGGAUGGUGCGCAUCAACCGCGCGCUCUACGUCGCUGCUAGGGACCACGUGUUCGCCGUCAAUCUCAGCGCUGCGUCCGAGCGGAUCGUCCCGCAGCAGAAACUGACGUGGAAGACGAAGGAUGUAGAGAAGUGCACCGUGAGGGGCAAGAACAGCGACGAGUGCUACAACUACAUCAAGGUGCUGGUGCCGCGUGACGACGAGACGCUGUUCGCCUGCGGAACGAACGCCUUCAACCCCACCUGCCGCAACUACAAGAUGUCCACUCUCGAGCAGGACGGGGAGGAAGUAGUGGGACAAGCCCGUUGUCCCUUUGAAUCCCGGCAGUCCAACGUAGGCCUCUUCGCAGGUGGCAGUUUCUACUCGGCCACGAUGACAGACUUCCUGGCGAGCGAUGCGGUGAUCUACCGCAGCCUCGGCGAUAGCGCACCAGUCCUCCGCACGUUCAAAUAUGACUCAAAGUGGCUUCGAGAACCUCAUUUCCUCCAUGCUAUUGAGUACGGGAACUAUGUUUACUUCUUCUUCAGUGAGAUUGCAGUGGAGUACACGACCCUAGGCAAAGUGGUGUUCUCCCGUGUGGCCCGGGUAUGUAAAAAUGACAACGGCGGUUCUCCACGGGUACUGGAGCGCUACUGGACCUCUUUCCUAAAGGCCCGGCUCAACUGUUCAGUGCCGGGAGACUCCUUCUUCUACUUCGACGUCCUGCAGUCCCUGACGAACGUGCUGCAGAUUAACCAGAGGCCUGCCGUGGUUGGAGUCUUCACCACGCAGGUCAACAGCAUCACCGGCUCAGCAGUGUGCACCUUCUACAUGGACGACAUCGAGAAAGCCUUCGGCGGGAAGUUCAAAGAGCAGAGGAGCAGCGAGUCGGCCUGGACGCCCGUCCCUGAGGAACAGGUUCCCAAACCCAGGCCAGGUUCUUGUGCCGGCGAUGGCCCCGCGGCUUCCUACAAGUCCUCCGUCUCCUUCCCAGACGACAUGCUCUCUUUCAUCAAGUCCUACCCGCUGAUGGAUGAGGCUGUUCCCUCAGUCAAUAACCGGCCCUACUUUACCCGUACCACCAGCAGGUUUAAGCUGACUCAAAUAGCUGUGGACACCUCUGCUGGACCGUACAAGAACCACACUGUUCUGUUCCUGGGCUCAGAGGACGGCAGGGUGCUGAAGAUCCUGGUUAGCUCCAAUCACAACACUUCCUUCAGCCCGCUGCUCCUGGAGGACAUCGAUGUUUACAAUCCUGCGAAGUGCAACGUGCGCGGUGAGGACCGGAAGGUUCUGGGCUUGGAGCUGGACAGGGAGCACCACGGCCUGUUCGUGGCCUUCUCCAGCUGCAUUAUCCGAGUGCCCCUCAGUCGCUGCGCGGAUCAUGGCACCUGCAAGAAGAGCUGCCUGGCUUCCCGCGACCCCUACUGCGUCUGGCUGAGGAAUGGAAGCUGUGCCACCGCGACUCAUGGCCUCAGGGCUGGGUUUGAGCAAGAUAUUGAAGGUCUGUUGAGGGAACACCAAGACUCCUGCCAUGAUGUCCAGGCCACCACGCGAAAGCAGAACACUGCCGCUGAUUCGGCUUAUGGGAAGACCACACCCACAAGUGCCAGCACUACCAAUCGUGGGGCGGCUUUUCCAAAGGUGACAGUUGACCCACAGAGGGGUACUGGUCCAGAUGACCGCCCUCCUGUGGGGGAGCAGGGGUCACCUGACUCGGAAGCAUUCAGUGUGGAGAAGAAGGCUGAAAUCUCUGGAACAGAUGCACAAUAUCUGUGCCUUCAAGCCACAAUGAAUCUUUCCCAAACUCUGACAUGCUGGGUUCGGCGGUCACCAGAACCAGAGAAGUCCAACCACAGUGUCCACUAUACCCUUCUAAUUGCAUGCGUAUUGGUGGCCUUCGUUCUGGGUGCGUUUCUGUCCGGCUUCCUGGUGUCCUGUUACUGCAACCACAACGUCCACAAGACCAAGCGGCUCGACAAGGACCCCGAGGCCCCCAUCCCUCAUGCCCUCUCCCUGCGGAGCCUGGCCCGGCUCAGCGGCCUACUGGACAACCCAAGCAAGGAAGAAAAGCUGGAGGUGUCCUCGCCCAAGCUGUAUAAGUCUUUGAUUCCCAAUGGAAAGGAGCAUCCUCCUGGCAGGGCCGGACGCCACAUGGUGGCAGGGGAGCUGAGCCAUUCGCUUCACCACCACAGCUCGGAGCUCUCUGGCUUGCCAACCCCUGAUUCGACGCCCGAACUGCCCAUCAGGAGCAUGAAAGCUUUAAAGAAUCAGUGGGAGAAGAACCAGAACUGUAACAACGGCAAGGACGCCAAGCCGCACAACGUGAGCAGCUCCCGGCCAAACUCGGUGCUCCGUCCACAGGUUUUUCCUUUCUCACAUGGGCUGGCCAAUGGGCAGGGCCUGGGAUGCGCUCUUCACUUGGACGACCGCAAGAUCCCGAACGCCGAGCGGGUAAUGACCCAGCCGUACGCCAGCUUCACCCAGAAGGUGGUAGACGUCACAUCACUGGAUGAGCUCCUGAAGCACAUUCACGAAGUCGGAGGCAAGAACAUAACAGUUCUGACGACCUCCUUGCCACCCAAUGGGAACCAGAUGGCCUUCACUAACCGAGUACAGCCGCACGUCCCUGAGACAGAGUCCGCCCCAUACUACAGCUCGACGACGUUGCCCAGGGACAGUCUGACGCGUCGCAUGGACGUCCCCCCAGAUAUGCCACCACAUCAGUCUACCCUCGAGAGGGCGCCCCACCAUAUCAUCCAGAGGCAUUCCCUGAACUCGACCUCCAAGAUGUCGAACGGCGGAGUGGUCCCGCGCCAACACAGCUUCAAUCACCGUGGCAACCACCAGCCAACUCCGUUGCUGGCCCGGAUGCAUUCCGCCGGCAGCGCCUGUGAGGUGCACCAUCCCAUUAUCCCCAGCACCUACCUGACGCGCCAGCACAGCUACAGCGAGCACCCCGAGAUGCACCGGAGCGUGGUCGUCCGCCGAAGCUCCUCGCUCAAGCCAGACGUCCCCCCUAAACCCCUCUUCAUCCCAGCCACGUCCCCUGUCAAUCUGCAGGGCAAAUUCAACUACUGAAGGGGGAGACGCAAUCAGGAAGAGGACGUUCCUUCCCUAAAAGCCUCCCAAAAACUGAAGAUGAGGUGAAAAGGGGGAAAAUGGGCUUUUUAUCUUGUCAAAUCUGCAUCAAACUCGUUUUGCUACACAUCCAAUGAAUGUCUUUGUACCAUAUUGGUAUUACCUUAUAAAACGCAACUUGCUUAUAGAAAUGUGAUGGACUAGGAGAAUGUUUACCAGAGGCUGCCAUGAUUAGAGUAGAUCUGUCUCCCGUUGAUGUUCGACAGUGCAUCCGAUACUGAUGAAAACGUGAGCGUCAAAAACAAUACGACUCAGAGCCUAUGGUCACAUAAACACAGUGUGAAACUGACGGACAAAUACUCCAGUGUUCCUCUGAUGUGAGUUUCUACACCUGAUUGAUUCUCUUUAUAUCAUGUACAUAUAUGCAUGUGUGUGUAUGUGUGUGUGUUCAUCUACACAGUACAUGUAUACGUAUGCAUAUAUAAUGUUUCUCCCUGGAACAUCUGGAUGAACUUCAAGGCAGCUGCUCUGUUGCCUUAUUAUGUCAGCAAAAGCAUAUCAUGGAAAUAGCUUCACCACUGGCUUUCAGUACCUCCAGAUAGGACUUUCCUAAAUGAGCCUGAAUUAUAACCUGUAAUCUAUGCUGUGGUACCAGGCCAAAUGCAUUGGAGAGUAAUAUCGGGUGCUUUCAUUCUCCUGCCACAUGUUAACCCUCGAAUGUGAGACUGUCUGAAGUAUCACUGCGAGGGGGAGUUCAGGUUGCUAUGCUACGUUAGCACCAACCACACGGAAGCCGCGACCUGCUCUCCAGGUCCACAGCGAAGGGAGAAGGUUUUUCCAAAGCUGCUUCUACUACAUUGUGAAUAUUGCUAAAAGCUGCCCUCCCCCUUGUGAUGGAAACACAAAUAUUACCCAAUGAACACUCAACUGAAAAAUAUUAUCACAUGGAAUUUAAAGCAACGGUAUAUAUAUAUAUUUUUUUUUUCUUUUCCUGAAAGAGGACCCUAGAUACUGGACUCAAAUGCAGAACCUGUCUGGGGAAGGACUAGUCAUUCAUUUUAAUGUAGUAAUGACCAAUGUUAAAAUUAACUUUGUGGUUGUUGUUGUAAAUAAAUGCAUAACGACUAGCCAAUUUUUUAUUUUAUGUGUAAAUGUGUGCCUUAUUUAAUAUUUUGUGUGCUUGGGGUUUUAAUAGGAGAAGAGGAGACUGUAUUAAAGGUUUUCUUUGUUAUUAAAAUGUGUCAUGGUCAUUGUAAAUUUGUGCCUGUAACACCUACUGAAAGGACCGGGUGGCACUGAAUCUGUUACUCAUGAUAAAGUCAUUUUCAUCGUGAGGCUUCAAGUUUUGUUUUGCCAUUGUACAUUCAUGUUGUGUGUAAUGCUUCUGGAUCUUCUACUGUCUAAAUAUCUUUGGAAGAUCCAAAGACACAGAGCAAAACAUGAACAGCUACUUCAGCUGCUUCAUGUUGAUCUCUACACUUGUGUCGGCAUUUCUUGCUCAUACAUAUAGGCAUAAAGACAUCUUUAAAUGUCCGGUUUCACAUCAGUUGCAACGAUAAUGCGCAUAGCUCAAAAUGCAUUUUCCUACAGUAAGUGUGCAAUGAGCACGAUAGGUGUGACGUGUGCUCACUUCAGCAUUACUACUGACUGGGAUGAGUGUCGAUUCUGUCCAUCACAGAGGGCUAUUUACUCACCAGGUUCGUGGUGGUGAUCGUGCUCACUAUUCUGAUGCCACGUCCUGGUUAAAAAAAUUAAUUUAAAAAAAUCUGGGUAAUCUUGUCCCUGCAUUCGCUGGUAACAGCCAAGCAAAUGUGUCAUAAAUACUUUUCAUCAGCUGCUCACGUCAAGGUUUCCUGUCUGCGCCUGAAUCAGUCUCCGAUUUGCAGCUAUAUAGUUGGAUUCUGAGCCUUUUUCUUCUUCCUCUUCAUUGACCCGUAAACCCAGAAUGCAAAUGAUGGGACUUGCAGUACUAAUGCAGCGCUUUCUUUACAUAAACCUGCGUUUCAAGAUGAUAAACUCCUAUUUAUGCUAAAGAUGAAUAACAUGAGUGCACAAUGGAACCAGUCUGGGCAGAAAAAUGUAUGGUGUCAUCAAGUUCAGUGUAAUUAUCCACGGAGAUUAUAUGUGAAAGGGAACGGUCUGUCUGCUGUAAGUAAUUUUGCUUUGGAAAUUCUUAUAAUUGCACAGUGUAAAUAAAGCCCCAAGUUUGUUUUUCA